AUGACGCGCGAGCCAAGGGCUGAGGGGGCCACCGCGGGCGGGCGGGCGAGCCGGCCGGGAGGCGAGCGGCACGCAGGAGAUCCUCUCCGGCCCCGCCUGGAACGCACCAGGCUGCAAAGAGAACAGGCUGAGUUAGGACCCCGGCCGCUGCCCGGGGCCGUGCGGAGCGCCGGGAGGCUCCGCCAGCCCCGCAGAGCGGCCCCCCCGGGCACGCUGCCCCAGCAGGGCGCCGCCCGCCGUCCCCACGGCCCGCGGACCCCGGCCCGCCCGCCCCCCGACCGCGCACCCGAGCCGCCGGCUUCGUGCUCGCGCCGCUCGCCGGGAAGGGGUCUGCGCCGGCACCGCGGAGGCACGGAUUACUCAGCAGAUAAGGCAGGCUUCCUGCGCCCUCCACAACUUUCUAAUUGCAACCGACACACGGCCGCCUGGGAACGUGGUCCCCGCUUCCCAGAGCGCCGCCUCGCCUCUUUCCUUCGCCCUCCUAGUGGACGUCUUCCCGUGGAUCCUGCCCUUCCCAGCACCCACCCCCCACAGCCCAGCGAGCCGACUCCGCUACGCAGUGCUCCCUUCUCUUCCCUCCCCCUCCAGACUCUCCUUCCCUGGCCGGCUUCAGGUCCCUUAAGUCCCGCGCCCCUGAGGGACCACAACAACCACAUCCUACUCCGCCUCUGUCCGUGGUCACAGCUGACGCGCAAGAUCGCGCUCCAUCCUUUCUCCAGCCUUCUUCCCUGGGGGACUGGAAACGGAAGGCUAAGGGUUCUCGUCUGCAAAGUUUGGCGAACGGACCUUCUCUCCAGCCUUCCCGGCCCCAGCUCGAGGCUCUUCCCGGGCACCAGAGGUGGGGGGCGCGGCACCCAGCAGAGCCCCCCGACCGUUCUCCGGAGGCAGCUGCUAACUGUUGCAGUGCGGAGCGGAGAGGAGGCGUGCGAGCCGGGGCUGGGCAGGGUGGGGGUCGCGGCUCCCGCCAGGGGGGCCUGCGCAGGCCGCGGGAGCCGUCCUGCCCGCGGGCGUCCCGGGCCCCCGGCGGCCCGGAGCCUGCAGCCGCACCCCGUCCCUUACCUGGGGCCACCGGCUGGCUGCGGGGAGGGAGCCCCCGCCGCGCGGCUGCAGUGGCGGCUGCAGAAGGCGCGGAGUGAAGGGGCCGGAGACCGAGCCUCGCCGCCGCCGCCGCCGCCGCCGCCGCCGCCGCCGCUUCGGGGAGCUCAGCUCGCAGCCUAUUGCCAGAGAGGCCGGUGA